AUAUAUAUAUAUAUAUAUAUCUUUCUCUCUUUUAUAUAUAUAUAUAUACUAUUAUAUACCUUUUUUUCUGCGAAAAACACCUCCACGCGUCUUUUUUUUUGGACAUUAAUUAAUUGAUAUUAAUUGACGAUAACACGCGGCUCAGUUCACACGACUUUGAUUAUACUGUCAAUAUUGUUGCGUACGAAUUUCGCGAUCGAGCGACACUCUGGAAAGGAUAUACAGUUUUACGUUUGAAAAGUAAUUGGUAUACACGAUGUACAAGUAAUUUGCCGAGGGGACGUUGUCACAUGGGCGUCGCCACCGACGUCUUUGAGAAUUAUCUGGAUUGUUUGGAUGUACAAUCGAUCGUUUUUUUUUUUUUCAAUUCGUCCAUUGUUCGAACCAGAUUUAUAUAAAUUUAUAUAUUUAAAUAUAUAUAUACAUAUUUCUCUCUCUCUCUCUCUUCUUAAUAACGUGAUACGUGAGCUUGAGUAUAUAUUUUUGAAAAAAAAAACGUGGAGGAUAUUCGGAUAUUCGGUGGAAAACAUUCGCGAAAAGAAAGUUUAUCAAAAUAUUGUUAAAUUCGAUCGUGAACUUUUGAAUCUUGGCGAAUCCUGCGGGCGACGAAUGUCUCGAAACAAUCUCUUUAUCGUCUAAUUUUCUAGUUUAGCGCCUCUCUAGGAUCCUGUAUUAAUAUUUCGUAGUGAUCUUCUUUUUUAGGCUCUUAUUAUAGAAUUAUUAUGUAAUUACUCUAUUCUAUUUGUUUCUUCAGCGAUUACUAUACAUAUAUAUAUAUAUAUAUAAAACGUAGUACAAUUACUCUUAGCAAUCCUACGUCUAAGCCGUUUUUCCGACCGUAGUUGAUCGAACUUUGACAAUUUUUCAAAUAUCGUUCCUUUUUCUUUUUUUUUUCUAAAUAAAAAAUCUUUCGAAGUAAUUUUUAGCUUAGUGCCACGGCAGUUCAGUAGAAUAACGUAUAUAAGCUCUUAAAACUUGCAUACCAAUUAAGAGAACACUUCUCGCUCUCUAUUAUUCGCCCUGAAGUACCCGAAUCGAUAGCACUUACUUAUCGAUUAUAAACUCUCUCGUAGACAAGAAUUACUAUCCAACGAACCUUUUCCACACAGACAUUGUUCUUUUCAAUGUCCAACAAUCUUUUCGAUAUUCUCUAAACGCAUCCAGGUAAUUCCCGGCCUAAGUGGCGGUGCCGUCGUUCCACCCUAUGAGUUACGGAGAGAAAAAAACGAAAAAAAAAAAAAAAAGUAGAAAAGAAAGUAGAAAAUAGAAAAGAAAGAGAAGAAACGAAAAUAAAUAAAUAAAUAAAUAAAAGUAGAGAAAAAAAAAAAGGAGAAACGAAACAGGAAAAAAAAAAAAAAGUAAAAGAAACAGACGUUUUCCCUGCUUAUCAUUUUACAUAGACUCUUUAUGUAUCAGAGAAUGCAAUGCAAGGCUUUGUGCCGUGCCAUUUAUCAUUUAUACAUAAAUCACACUCGCUCUAGUCCUAUUCUUGUACAUACUACACACCCUUGGUCAUAAACAGUAAUAUCGAGACACCGAUGAUACGUUGUUAUACGGUUUUUACAUGAACUCUUUUUUUUUUUUGGCUGCGGCGCUCGCAGGCUUACCACUGAUUGCUCAUAUUCCAUUCGAUGUCAUGUCACUUUUCUCGGAAGUCAGGUACACAAAUAAGUGCGCAAACAGCACUGCGAAACGAUAACGGAGAAUAUCGAAACGGGACAAAGGAAAACAGGCGAUAGCGAAAUGCGAGUGCACAACGCGGCUACUUUUAGUUUGUGAAUCACACAAGCACUCUUGUAAUGGUAUUACGACCGUUUUCUCACCGAUCAUUGUCUCAACCACGUUCACCAUCUGUGUGUGAAGCACUGUGUGAAUAGAAUUCACGCGAAAACGAAACGAAAAUUGGUUCGUUCGCGAUCAUCAUCGAGACGAACGAAAAAAAAAAAAAACCAUCGCAUCACGUGCGCAACGUAGACACGUAAUAAUACACGUUAUGUGUUUUCCAUGUAAGCCACAACGGCAAGAGAUACAAUCAUAUAUUUCCUUGGCAUCGUCCUAAUCGAUACACUUCAUAUAUCGUUACCCCGAUGUGUGCCAUCUUUGUCACUUAUUUGUGUGCGUGCCUCCUUGUUAUUUAUCACUAUCAUUGAGAUCAUUGCUAAUUUUUGUCAAUUAUUUUGCCGAUCGAUCGUUUCGCAUUUAAAGUGAUGGGGAUCCAAUUCAAAUUGCAAGCUCGCUUGUGGACGCGGGCGACUAGGCAGGGGUGAGUAAGCUGGCGGCGCGUCGCAUGGCGAUGCGUGAGAAAAAAAAUUUUAAAAACCAAAAAAAAAAAAAAAUAGUGGAAAAUAAAAAUUACAAAAAAAAAAAAAAAAAAAGAAAGACGAAAUGUCUUCACACGUGACGAACCCGUCCUUGAUAGAUGUGAAUUGGACGUCACGUGGCUAAUUCGAGCGAAUAAUAUCAUUAUAUGACAUAAUUUUGACUGAACCACGACUGUGUUUCCAAACUAGGUAAAGUUUUACAGAGUGAGUGAGAUAAGAGGCAGGGGCGGGCGUCGUCGGCCUUUAAACCCCCCGCCACACGUUACCCCUCCACCUUUGGUUGUGGACCCACUUGACAACAAGCUGUGCAAUCGUUCAGAGUCAAUUGAUUGGAUUUGGUGGAUAAUCCAACGUACGUACAUAUGUCGUGAACAAAGCAAAGAACAAAUAGAUCUGUGAGAAUAAGACGAAAUACUGAAUCAAGAGGAGUGAGUGGGGAGGCAUAGAGGCUACUGUAGUUUCGGAACACAGCCAUGGUCUCCCUACCUCCCAGUCUGCAGAAACAGGUCAGCGUUAUGAGUAUGAACUUGAGUGCCAAGCUGGACGAGCUGCAGCGGGGUGACCGCCAGCUGGAGACCACCGUCGCCCUCUGCGAGAUCCGCACGCAGCUGCAGGAACUCACCAAGAGCGUAGAGUCUUGCCAGAGCGAGGUCAGCGAGGUCAAACGGGACAUGGUCGCGAUCAAGCACGAACUAGAUACGGUACAGCAGGUGAAAGAAGAAAUAGAGGAAUUACGAGAAUACGUGGAUCGACUAGAAGAACAUUCUCAUCGACGGAAACUUAGACUUUUGGAGCAGGGGCUAACACUUUUCCUGUCAUAUGCAAUACUGGCAGCAGUUUUAGGAAUGUUGCAGUUUGGAUACAACACUGGGGUUAUUAAUGCGCCGGAAGUGAACAUUGAAAAUUUCAUGAAAGAUGUGUACAAGGAUAGAUACGGGGAGGACAUUUCAGACGAUUAUGUGAAGAGAUUGUAUUCCGUGGCCGUAAGCAUAUUUGCGAUUGGUGGUAUGCUAGGCGGUUUUAGCGGAGGGAUAAUUGCCAACAGAUUUGGCAGAAAGGGGGGCUUACUGCUAAACAACGUGCUGGGCAUCGUGGGGGGGUGCCUGAUGGGUUUUACAAAGAUGGCUCACUCGUAUGAAAUGUUAUUCUUUGGACGGUUUAUCAUCGGUGUCAAUUGUGGCUUAAACACCUCGUUGGUUCCCAUGUACAUAUCGGAGAUAGCACCACUGAACCUGAGAGGCGGCCUAGGCACGGUGAACCAGCUCGCUGUUACGGUGGGCCUCCUGGUCUCCCAGGUGCUGGGCAUCGAGCAAAUCCUUGGAACAGACGAGGGUUGGCCAGUUCUCUUAUUACUAGCUAUCUGCCCUGCCAUUCUACAGUUAUUGCUGCUUCCAGUUUGCCCCGAAUCUCCAAGAUAUUUGCUCAUUACUAAACAGUGGGAGGAGGAAGCCCGUAAAGCUUUGAGGAGGUUGAGAGCCAGUAACCAAGUGGAAGAAGACAUCGAAGAAAUGAGAGCCGAAGAACGAGCUCAACAAGCCGAGUCUAGAAUAUCGAUGACAGAGCUCAUAUGUAGCCCAACUUUGAGAGCACCUCUUAUCAUCGGCGUGGUUAUGCAACUUUCCCAACAGCUUUCAGGCAUUAACGCUGUAUUUUACUAUUCGACAAAUUUGUAUACUAGUUCUGGUUUGACAGAGGAGAGUGCCAAGUUUGCAACCAUUGGCAUAGGUUCCAUUAUGGUUGUUAUGACGUUAGUAUCCAUUCCUCUUAUGGAUAGGACAGGAAGACGUACAUUGCACUUAUACGGUCUUGGUGGCAUGUUUAUCUUUUCAAUAUUCAUCACAAUUUCUUUUCUCAUAAAGGAGUUUUUCGGUUAUGUGCAGGAAAUGAUUGACUGGAUGUCUUAUCUGUCGGUCGUGUCGACGCUCUUUUUCGUGGUAUUUUUUGCCGUGGGUCCUGGUUCCAUCCCGUGGAUGAUCACGGCCGAACUGUUCUCGCAGGGUCCUAGACCUGCGGCCAUGUCUAUCGCGGUCCUCGUCAAUUGGAUAGCUAAUUUUGUGGUUGGCAUCGGUUUUCCAAGUAUGAAGACUAGCCUUGAAAACUACACGUUCCUACCAUUCAGUGCAUUCCUAGCCAUCUUCUGGAUCUUCACGUACAAGCAGGUUCCUGAGACCAAGAAUAAAACAUUCGAAGAAAUUCUAGCUUUAUUCAGGCAUGGUAACGACAGGAGCAGCUUGCGGGACAGCAGACUUUAUGGGAGCAUGCUAAACUGUGUGAAUGCAUUAGAGGGACACAUACCGCCAGCAGAGAGUGCAGCCCUGAUGGUGGCCGAGGAGAAGCCACAUCCUGAUUCAUUUGUGUUUGCAGCUGGAUCAGAGCGAUCUUCCGACGCACCCGCUCAACCGGAGAGAUCACCGCCCCCGCUUCCCCCGCCACGCUUUCCGAACAGCGGUGUCUGACAAUGGGAAACAGCUCCUCUUAAUAUUGGUAAUCUAGUGAUCAUGAACGCGUCAAUUCCACUGCCGCUACUGCUCACCACCAACAGCCUCACAUUGGAAAAUCAACUGUACGAGAUCAUCACGGAGAGGAGCAAGGCCUGCGCGGCUUUCUUGCGGAACAGUUUACGUCGAGCAGUGAACGCAACCACUAUUGGUUUGAGUGUCACGGAGAAUUUUGAGAAUAAUGUAUCGUGCAAUCAUGCCUAAUUCAAUGAUUGAAUGAAAAUCACUUGUUGAUUGUAUUUGAAUACUGAAUAGAAUGAAGUCAAUUGCGAACGUUUCUUAGCGCGGCCUGAUUCAAUUCAGUAUGUUCGUAAUACGAACGUCGUAUGUAAGGUUAUCUUCACGAAUGAAUAUCUAAAGAUCGAAACGUUCUUAGUUUCGCAGAACUUAGCAAUUACAAUUUUCUGAACAAAUGGAAUGACAACUGUGUAAACGAGUGGCUGUAAUGUUGCAAAAGACUUGUUAAUGGUUUGCAAAUUUUUCGAUACGGUUUCGAUAGAUAAAUCACAACUACAGCGUUCAAUAUGACACGCAAAUCUUUUUCAUGUCAAACCAAAAACAAAAAAAAAAUGAAUUAAGAACGAGAAUCUUUGAGAAAAAAAUCUAAUGAAAUGUUGCGAAAGUGAUUGUGCCUAGAUAUGUUUGAAAAAGAGAUAAAAAAACAAAGAAAAUGCAUAAGAAGUUGAAUCGUGAUCAUUAAAAAGUAUGUGAACUUUGUGCGACAUCGAAGAAAAUAAUAGAACAUAUAAUUGCUAGAUGCGACGAAUCGUUAAACGAAACCCCAAAAGAAAAGAGGUGUAUAUCUAUAUACUUCACUUUUAUAUCGUUAAUUUCAUAGAAUUUAUUGAAAUUAUAUGUCAUUUUAUAUUAUUGUUAUCUUUAUAAGUCGUUGCACUGUACUAUGAUUGUGGAUUAUAUGUUUACUGAUAAAUUGAAUUUAAUGAAUUUUAUGACUGAAGUUAGGAACAAAUUUCGAAUCUGGAAUCGACCAAAUUAUUAUUCAAUCAACAUUAAACUGAAAGAUAGAUUCAGUCUAUCGCUUUAACAGUCGCAAUGUUAAAGACGUUAAUUACGAUAACGUCAUUCUUAUAUGGUGCCUCAUAAAAACAAUAUUUACAACUCGUUUUAUCUUAUAAAAGUACGAGGAUACAGUGCUACAAACGAAUGGGUGUUAGUUAUUACGAUUAGUAAACUUUUGAAUUAUACGCAUAUGCAAAUUUAUUUCGACAGUCGAUUGUUUUAGAAUUUUAAAUAGAUAAAACUUAUACAAAUGUUUUACAAAUUAAGAUUAAUAUUAAUGUGAAAAUUAAAUUGCAAAUUAAACUUUAAUUAAGAGAUUUUAAAAAUGGCAAUUUUAAUAUUAGAUAUAUAAAUUUUGCACGAAAUGUCGAACCCUUUCGUUUGAACUAUAACGCUAUAAUACCUCGUACAUCUAGAGGCAUGCCUUUUCUUACUACCUUUUGUCAUUAAUGUUUUACACCAAAAUGCACGUCAUUUGAUGUUAUGCAAAUUCUGAGAAAAUUUCCUUUAUAUGUAUAUAUAUGUACAUACUGUAUACUUCUACGAUACUUAUUACGUCGUUACAUAAGAAAAUGUAUAAUAAUCCUAUAUUAUUCGAUGUAGUAUAUUCGAUUCCCUAUUCAAAAUAGCGUUAUAUGAAAAUUAAUUCAUCGUUCGAGCGAUAUACUCAAUACCGAUACACAAACAACUGAUUACUUAAGGUGAAUAUUAAUCGAAUGCAUUAUAUAAUGUUUCAAGUUCUCUUUCUAUUGGAAAACUUUCUUCGUAAUUUCAUUUUUUAAAAGAUAUAUUGGAUAUUAAAAAAUAGAAUUUAUGCAAUGACGCAAUUUUUAAUUAAAAAAAAAUUAGAAUGUUAUUUAACCUAUUUCAGCUUUUUAUGAUAUUUUAUGCAUAUGUAUACAUAUGUAUGUAUACAUUACAUUACAGAUUAAAAAGUCUAAAUGAAUUUAGAUUUUGAAUAAAUUAUUUUUAGUUCUGAAAAUAGGUUCAGAAAUAGAAUAAUAAACUAACACUAAAGAAUAUAUUGAUCGCGUUAGCUUAUAAAUAAAUUAAUCUCAAAUCGGUUUGCUAUUUAAAUUAUUGCGGUAUAAUCGCAACAUGAUAUCUAGAGUAGAAUAAACAAAAAAUAAAUAAAUAACAUCGUGUGCGGUAUAAAUAUAUUAUAAUUUAAUGAGAAAAAAAAAUGACAAGAUAAAGAAAAAACUUUUAAUUAUAAGCUGUCCAAAUCAUACAGAAUCAGUGAGAAAGGCAAUAAAGCUAUUGAACUGAAAAUAUGCUAAAGUAGAUUUCCUUGCAUUAGAGUAUUAUCAGAAUUCCAAAUAUUAAUUAUGAAUACUUAGGAUAGAAUUAUACAUUCAUACGUACAUAGCUACUAGUUUAUAGUAGCAUAAUGUUACAGACUAAUGAUAACGAUCAUAAACUUCGUUAAUAUCGUACUUAUAUGUAUGUUGAACAGAAAUGAACUGUUUCUCACUCGUGUUAUGGUUGUACAAUAAUCGCGGACCGAGUGCUGGUAGCAUAUCCAUUUUUUAAAAUCCUUACAAGCUUAAACACAAUAAUUAUAUAUAUCAUAGUGGCAAUUAUUUCGACUCGAAAUAACUACACAUCUGAACAAAUGAAAUUGACGAGUCAAAUUCGAAAAAAAAUUGAAUCGUAUUAGAAAAAUUAUUUUAUAAUAUACAGAUUUACUUUUCACAUCUUGAAAUUUGUUAAUCUAUAUUUAAAUUAGUGACACAACUUACCUUAAACUGUUAUAUAUAUAUAUAUAUAUAUAUAUGAAUUCAAAAUUAACUAAAUAAGUUGUAGAAAUUUGAAUCAUAUUUCUUUAUUAAUCCUCUCGAGAAAAGGCAUGCUGUGAUACAUGUUCAUUGAAUAUUUCGAAGCAAAUACAAAAUUAUCUACAUCUAAAAAAGAAAUAAAAGAUAAUCUAUGAACGAUUUUUCUACUUUCGUCACAAUGAAAAUUAUAAUUAAUGUCAUUAGAUAAAUAUAACAAUGAGAUACAGUUAUGCCACAUAUACAUAUGAAUAUAAAAUUACAAAACAUGAGAUAUUUCUCUUGUUUUUGAAGGUCUAAAAUAAUGUGUACGUGUUUAAAGUGUUUUAAAAAAAAAACACUUCUUCAUACCAAAAAAUCAAUUUCACUAUAAUUCAUUUACACGAUAUAAUAAAUAAAUAACUCGUUUCUAAAGCUGUAAUAUUAUGCAUAUAUAAAUAUACAUAUACAUAUAUGAACGGCAAAUCUUUAUGCGAGGACCUAUUCCGCACUUACCAUGACUUUGAUAAAAAAAAAAUCAGUUAUGAUUGCAUAUAUAGUUUUGAAUCAAUAAUAUGAUAUUAAAUUCACUGAGUAUUGCAACAUUUAUAGAGCCUUAAAGAAAGAUGAGAAAAGAAAAAAUUGGAACAGUCCAAUAAAGUGAUCAGAAUAAUAAUAAUAACGAUUUGUAAAAUAAGUUCACUGCCACUUAAACGACUUGUGCUCCACAGAGAGCACCAAUAUUCCAAAUGUGAAUGUGUACAGUUAUGUGAAAAGUACUUAUAUAAUUAUAUUUAAAUAAUAUUAAUUAGAGUUACGUAAAACUAAAUAGCAUGUAAUAAUAUUAAGAAUGAUAUACAUAUGUAGGAUACAGAUAAAGAAAAAAACCAUCGAUUGCAAAACUUAUAUUCCAAACAAGAAAAAUUUAUGUCUAUUCAUUUUUAUAUUAUAUGUAAAUGACACAAAAAAUAAGUAUUUUAUCUCGUAAAAAUUUUAUUUUUUAUUGAUAUAAUUCUUUUUAACAUUUAUUUUACGAAGAAGACUGUACUUAAUUUAUAUUAUAUUUUAGUUAAAAUAUGUUACAAGUAUUCAAUGAAAUAAAAAAUUAAAAUUUAAUUUAAAAAAACACUAAAUUUUUAGAAUUUACAAACAAUUUAUUAUCAUCGAAUUUGUUCAAACUAUUUAUUUUAUGUAUCAAAUUUUAUAUAUUUUAUAUAAAUUUUAUAUUUUUUUAAAAAAAAAAUCAUUUCAUAUUUUCUUCAUUUUGUUUUUAAUUUAUGUAAUUUCAAGUUUGUAUUAAUAAAUAAUAAACGCAAAUAUGUAAUAUUGCAAACAUGGUUUUAUUUGCAAUUGUAUAUAUGCGUAGCACUUGUCUAUAAUAUUUUAAUUACUUAUGAUUAAUGUAUUUAAGCUAAACAGAUAAAUUUAAAAGUGAAAGAUCAUACACACAUCUUUUAAAAUCUAUAAAUAAAAAUAUUUACUAAGUAA